AUGGCAGUCCACCAUCCCGAAAAAGAUCCCUCCGUCCCGGACACAUUGGAUGAGAGAGGGGACCAGAAAUGUCUUUCUACUGAUGAGGGCUUCAAUAAACUUGAGAACAAAAUAGAUACAUAUUUUGACCAGAUUUGUGGCUGGUUCAAGAAACAAGACGCUUCCCAGACAACUGUGGCUCGUUUGGCAAGCCAGAGAGAGAUUUAUGAAGCUCAACUUCUUAAACAGCAGGGGCAUAUGGGAAAAUGUAUUGACAAAAACAAGCUCCUGCGCAGCGAACUCCAGGAGCUGCAACAAAUGUAUAAUGAGAGCCGGAUUGAGGUCGAUAAACUCAAGAAAGAGAAAAAUGACCUCAGAAACGUCAUACUUGGGCAGGCGGGAACUGAGAAGAUCUCAGAUGAAGAAAUAAAGAGCAAGUUCACCAGCAUCCGACAGAAAAUCCAAGCAAUCACCUAUAGCAAAGCCUUUCGUCUGGGCCGGAGCAUUAGCGUCCCUUCACAAUGCCACCCUGAGGUGCAUAAGUUUUGGGACUCUUGGAAUACUCUCUCUACUAAUGAUCGUGCUUUUAUCAUGCGAGGAAAAAUAUUCAGACUGGUUGUUGACCAUGUCCUUGGGCAGAAGCUCUUCGGUAUUAGUCCAACUCAUAGUCAUGAUCUUCAGAAAAUUGAGUCUUCACUCAAAUCCCUUGAGACGAUUAUGACUUGUUCGCAAGUACCAGCCAACGCCGUGGUGGAUUGGAGACAUGCCACCAUGAAGGCAAUUGAACAGACCAAAAUCAGUCAUGAUGAUUGUAUCAGCGAAGUUGAGUCUAUGAUUUUGAGCUAUUUUAAUUGCCUCAUCCCACGAGAUAUGGACUCCGCGACUCUUCAAAAGCUCCAUCAUGAUGUUCAUAAUAUGUGUGAAGAGGCGUACGAACUACGUUUUCUCAUGCGCAAGUCAAAAGACGAUUACACCUGUCAAGGGUAUAGCGAUGGGAUCAAUGUCCAUGACUACGAAUCCGCCUUGGAGGUUCACGGAGUGCUGAAUGGGGGUGAUGAAUCCAGUCGAGUUGCAUUUACUAUUUGCGGAGCAUUGAUCAAAAGCUCUGGGAAUGGUGAUAUGGAGCCUGUCGUGCUGGAGCGUGCACAUGUUGUUGUCAAACAUGUUUGA